AUGAUCAAUAUCAGCAAUACAUCCAUCCUUCCUGAAGAAGAUAAAAAAACAGAGCAGUCCAUUUAUGACUCGCGUAUUUUCUGCAUCUUCCUGUUAUGUAUGUGCAUUAUUGGUCUUUUGGGGAAUGGAAUGGUCAUCCACCUUCUUGGUUUCCGCAUUAAAAGGAGCCCCUUCACUACGUACAUCCUGAACUUGGCUGUCGCUGACUUUGGGGUCCUUCUCUUUGUAAGUGCACGUUGGAUUUUAAUACUAUCUCACAGAGACUUUUCACUGCUGUUUCCAGUACCUACAAUAUAUGCCUCAUUCAUGUAUGUUACUAGCCAGUUUCUAUUGACAGCCAUCAGCGUUGACAAGUGUGUGUCCGUCCUCUUCCCAAUUUGGUAUCGAUGCCACCGACCGAUGCACUGGUCCACCACUGUGUGUGCCUUAAUAUGGGUUCUCAUCUCUUUGCCUACAGCAAGUUCUACAGUUCUCUGGAGUUUAGACUUAAUUGAACGGCGAUAUUUUUUCUAUCCAUAUAUUGUGAGUUCAUUUCUUUGUCUCCCUCUUGUCACUGUCUCCACGGUGAUUCUGUUGUUCAAAGUGUCUUGUAAAUUUCAACAGCCUCAGAGGAGAAGGCUUUUAACUAUCAUCUUACUUACUCUCCUUUUCUUCCUAAUCUUUGGUUAUCCAUUGGGUAUUAUUUACACAUACGGUUUCUUGAAUGAUUUUAAAGAUAACUUUCUAUACUAUGUAGAAUUUUAUGGCUACUUAUGUGCCUGUCUGAACAGCUUUGUCAACCCAGUGAUCUAUUACAUGGUUGGGAGAAAGAAGAAGGCUCAAAGAAGGGAGACCCUAAAGGUCAUACUCCAAAGGGUGUUCAAGGAGGAAGAAGAAGCUGGAGAGGAAGGAGGCACAACUGCUCAGACAGAGCCGUGA